AUUUCAAUCCACAUUUGCCAGUCAUGUCGCUCGCAAUGGACACUACGCCCGCGGCUGCAGCGCCGUCGCUCAAGAGCAAGCGCCCAGCCGCCAAGUCCGCCGCGUCGUCCGAGCCCGCUGCCGCCGCCGCCGUCGCCGAGGCCGGCAUUCGACAGUACUUUACCAGCAAGAUCCAGGAGCUGCAGCUCACCGUGCAGACCAAGACGCAAAACCUGCGUCGUCUUCAAGCGCAGCGCAACGAGCUCAACUCCAAAGUGCGAUUGCUGCGAGAAGAGCUGCAGUUGCUGCUCGAGCCUGGGUCAUAUGUCGGCGAGGUUGUCAAAAUCAUGGGCAAGACCAAAGUGCUCGUCAAGGUGCAUCCCGACGGCAAGUACGUCGUCGACCUCGACAAGGGUGUGGAAAUGUCACAGCUCACGCCAAACUUGCGAGUCGCACUGCGUAACGACACAUACGCCAUUCACAAGAUCCUGCCCAAUAAGAUCGACCCACUGGUCUCACUAAUGAUGGUCGAAAAGGUGCCCGACUCGACCUAUGAGAUGGUGGGCGGCUUGGACAAGCAGAUCAAGGAGAUUAAGGAAGUCAUCGAGCUGCCCUUCAAGCAUCCCGAGCUGUUUGACUCGCUCGGCAUCGACCAGCCCAAAGGCGUGUUGCUGUACGGUCCUCCUGGCACCGGCAAGACCUUGCUUGCUCGCGCUGUGGCACACCACACUGAUUGCACGUUUAUUCGCGUUUCGGGCUCGGAGCUCGUGCAAAAGUACAUUGGCGAGGGCUCACGAAUGGUCCGCGAGCUCUUCGUGAUGGCUCGCGAGCACGCCCCCUCCAUCAUUUUCAUGGAUGAGAUCGACUCUAUCGGCUCAACGCGCUCCGAGGGCGGCAGCGGCAGUGGCGACUCUGAGGUGCAGCGCACCAUGCUCGAGCUGCUCAACCAGCUCGACGGUUUUGAGGCCACAAAGAACAUCAAGGUCAUCAUGGCCACCAAUCGCAUUGACAUUCUUGACUCUGCGCUUUUGCGACCAGGGCGCAUCGACCGCAAGAUUGAGUUCCCGGCGCCCAGCGAGCUUGCCCGUACGGACAUUUUGAAAAUCCACAGCCGCAAGAUGAACUUGACCCGCGGCAUUGACCUCCGAAAGAUUGCCGAGCUCAUGCCCGGUGCCUCUGGCGCCGAAGUCAAGGGUGUUUGCACAGAAGCAGGCAUGUACGCCUUGCGCGAACGCCGCGUUCACGUCACCCAAGAGGAUUUCGAGAUGGCCGUUUCGAAGGUCAUGCAAAAGGACUCUGAGCGCAACAUGUCACUCAAGAAGUUGUUCAAGUGAACAACACGAAAAGACAGAGUCCCAUGCAUUUUGUUCCUGCUUGUUAUUUCGUGUGUGUUGGCUUCCUCGCUCCUCUCUCUCUCUCUCUCUCUCUCCUCCCUCUGCUCCCCCCACUUUCCUUUCUGCUUGUUUGUUUUUUGUUCACGUUUGUUUCUUUGUGAAUUACAGUUUGAACUCUAAAGUCCA